GGACUAUAAAAGAAGUGACCAAUUGGUACUAACCAUUUAGUCGGAGUCAAGCAGAACUAGCGCGUGCAGUGAUUUAAAAAUGGGUGACAAAGAAAGGUUGUUGGAUGAGUUUUCUAGUGAUGAAAGUGUCUCCUCCAAUGGUCGGAGGAAGAGUCCUUGGUAUUUCGGUAUUGGUUUUCUUCUCUUCUGGCUUAUUCUGUUUGUGGCCGUGGUGAUGCCAUUUUUCCAUCACGUGCCCAAUCCUAAGACUAUGGAGGACUUCAACAAGGGUGAAUUUAUCGCCCAGCGAGCUAUGGACAAUCUCUAUAACCUGGUCAAGAUCGGUCCCAAAGUAGUUGGCAGCUUCAACAACGAGAACAAGACGGUCCAAUAUUUGCUUAAUGAAUUGGCUUUGAUCAAGGAGCAUGUUCUGGAUGAUUACUUCGAUAUCGAGAUCGACCAUCAGCAGGUUUCAGGUUCCUACAUUCACUGGACUAUGGUGAACAUGUACCAGGGAGUCCAGAACCUGGUCAUUAAGCUUAGCCCCAAGAAUUGUACGAGCGAUACGUACCUCCUGGUCAACAGCCACUUCGACUCCAAGCCGACGAGUCCAUCUGCUGGUGACGCUGGACAAAUGGUUUCUAUUAUCCUGGAAGUGCUGAGAGUAAUGUCGACUACCAGGCAAUCCUUUCAGCAUCCAAUCAUCUUCCUGUUAAACGGAGCUGAGGAGAAUCCUCUUCAGGCUUCGCACGGAUUUGUUAGCCAGCACAAGUGGGCCAAGAACUGCAAAGUCUUCCUAAAUCUGGAAGGAGGUGCUGGUGGCGGCAGAGAGCUUCUGUUCCAAACUGGACCCAAUCAUCCUUGGCUGGUAGAGGCCUACAAACAGAAUGCCUUGCACCCGUUCGCCACAACGGUGGGUGAGGAAAUAUUCCAAACAGGUUCCAUGCCAUCGGACACGGACUUUGGAAUCCUGGUCAAAUAUGGAAGUCUCAUUGGCCUCGACUUGGCCCAAAAUAUAAAUGGAUUCACCUAUCACACCAAGUACGAUGGCUACGAGAUAAUUCCCGCCGAUUCGGUCCAGAGUAUGGGCGAUAAUAUUCUUAGUUUUGUUCGAGCUUUGUCAAAUGCCACCGAGUUGCGCGAUACUGCUGCAUAUGCCUUAGGUCCUUCGGUAUUCUUUGAUGUCCUGGGACUCUACGUUGUCAGCUACACCGAGAGCACAGGCGUUAUCCUUAAUUAUUCCGUAGCCGUAGCCACCAUCAUCCUAAUCUUCGUAUCUAUAUGCAGAAUGUCGGGCAUUUCCCAGGUAUCCAUUGGAUAUGUCCUGUGCUGGUUUACUCCGAUUCUAGUGGUACAAGUUAUUGCCUUUGUCCUGGGCAUAGGUUUGCCCAUAAUAAUAGCGUAUUAUUUUGAUAAAUGUGGUCUACCUUUAACCUAUUUCACUACAUCCGAGCUUAUGUUUGGUCUCUAUGUAUGUCCUAGUCUCUUUGGACUAUGUCUUCCCUCGUACAUUUUUCUGAAGCUGCCAAAUAAUCGUAAAGUUUCCUUCGGACAACAAUUGCAAUUGUUUUUACAUUCUCAAGCUUUAAUCCUCUCAGUUUUGGGAAUUUGUUUGACUUUGUAUGGUUUAAGGAGUACCUAUGUGCUGACCUGGACUCUUGUUUUUUACGUCCUACCCCUGGUACUUAAUCUGAUCACCUCACUUCAUGAUCGCAGCUUAGCGUGGAUUGGUUUCCUGUUAAUUGGACAACUGGUUUCGUUUUUGUACAACACCUAUUUGCAAUAUACACUUAUAAAAUGUAUGAUUGCCAUGAUGGGGCGGUUUGGAAGAUCAACCAAUCCAGAUCUAUUUAUGUCGGGUAUUAAUGCUUUGGGAACUGUGAUGGCAAUGGGGUUCUUGAUCCCCCUGGUCAAUAUAUUCCGUCGUCCUGGAUUAAUCUUAGUCACUCUCUUAACUGUAAUCGGUAUUAGUAUCUAUGUCGCCACAUGUACUCAUUUGGGUUUUCCAUAUCGCGCCAAAACAAACGUAGAAAGAGUGCCGUACCUACAUGUCCGCAGAACUCUUUAUGAAUACGAUGGCUCCAUCAGCAAGGACGAUUCCGGUUAUUUAUUUAACUUCCAGGAUCGUCGUGGGCCAGCUCCUUUGCAGGGCACUUCUGUAAACUUAACCGGACUAGUUGGCAUAUCGGCGGACUGUGAGAAGUACAUGAUGUGCGGGUACCCACUGUACGAUCAUCGCUGGGUAAAGAAUCGACUGAAUGCAAUGUGGCUGCCGCGGGAACAGCUCAUUGAUCCCCCAAGAGUGCCAGAGGUGGAACUUCUGAGCAAAGUCAUCCAGGCCGACAAGCAAACCAUACGCUACAAGUUCAGGAUAAAUGUCACAGACCACACAAGCAUAUUUAUCCAGCCCUACGAGUACGUGAAUGUAACCAAUUGGACCUUCCCAUUGGCCUACAUCGACCAGCAAACUACCUACCAUGUAUAUUUCUCACAUGGUAGGGAUAGUACACCUCUAUCCUUCUUUAUUGAUUGCUUCAAGAGCAAUGGAGUUUUUAAUGUUCCUCUUUUCCAAAUGGGUGUUGCCGGGCACUUCAUCGGCGACAAGGGAGACCAGAUCAGCCAGGAGUUUGCCAAAUCCUUCCCAGACUAUGCCGUCUUGAUUGAGUGGCCAACCUCGUACCAGCGAUUCAUUUACUAA